UGUCGGGACUGGAGGGGUGCACUGUAGUGUAGAGCGAGCGGCUGUACACUAGGGCUACAGUAGCGUUCCUACCCCGAGGUGUGUGUGGGGGGAUACAGACGAGGUGAUCGGCGGGGAUGAACGCCGACAAGCGAAAGGAAUGGGACAUGGGAUGGACUGCAGCCCGGCUAUGAGGGCGCUGUGGGUCGGUCUCUGGCUGCUACUGAGCACCAUCUGCCGGCUGAGUUUCUCGCAAGUUGCGACGGGAACUCCGAAGGAGGCGGAGCUCAACGACAAUAUUACCAUAUUCACACGGAUCCUCGACGGCCUAUUGGAUGGCUAUGACAACAGACUACGCCCCGGACUGGGAGAAAAGGUCACGGAGAUCAAGACCAACAUCUUCGUGACAAGCUUCGGUCCCGUCUCCGACACAGAGAUGGAGUACACCAUCGACGUGUUCUUUCGCCAGAGCUGGAAGGACGAGCGGCUGUGUUUCAAGGGGCCCAUGGAGAUGUUGCCCCUGAACAACCUGCUGGCCAGCAACAUCUGGACCCCCGACACCUUCUUCCUGAACGGGAAGAAGUCCAUCGCCCACAACAUGACCACCCCCAACAAGCUGCUGCGUCUGCAGGACGACGGCACGCUUCUCUACACCAUGAGAUUAACCAUAGCGGCAGAAUGUCCGAUGCAACUGGAAGAUUUCCCGAUGGACGCCCAUGCCUGCCCGCUGAAAUUUGGCAGCUACGCCUACCCCAUCUCGGAGGUGGUGUACACCUGGACGCAGGGGGCGGCCAAGUCGGUGGUUGUGGCCGAGGAGGGCUCCAGGCUUAACCAGUACCAUCUGAUUGGUCAGACGGCCGGCACAGAGGACAUCCACACCAGCAGAGGUCAGUACACGGUGAUGAUGUGUCACUUCUACCUGAAGAGGAAGAUCGGCUACUUUGUGAUCCAGACCUACAUGCCAUGCUUCAUGACCGUCAUCCUGUCCCAAGUCUCCUUCUGGCUCAACCGAGAGUCUGUCCCUGCCCGCACCGUCUUCGGCGUCACCACGGUGCUCACCAUGACCACGCUCAGCAUCAGUGCCAGGAACUCGCUGCCCAAGGUGGCGUACGCCACUGCCAUGGACUGGUUCAUCGCCGUCUGCUACGCCUUCGUCUUCUCUGCGCUCAUCGAGUUCGCCACCGUCAACUACUUCACCAAGAGGAGCUGGGCAUGGGACGGCAAGAAGGCCAUGGAGGCCCAGCAGCCCAAGAAAAAGGACCCAUUGGCGCUGUCCAAGAAGCCCAACAACAGCUGCUCGGUAGGGGGCAUGAACUACCCCUCCCACCUAAACAAGGACGCCUCCAUCUCCACCAUCUCCAACAGCACGGCGGUCCAGCUGAAGACCUCUGAGGCCAAGCCGCCCGACUCCAAAAAGACUUACAACAGCGUGAGCAAGAUCGACAAGAUGUCGCGCAUCGUGUUCCCCGUGCUAUUCGGGACCUUCAACCUGGUGUACUGGGCUACGUACCUCAACAGAGAACCCGUGAUCAAGGGAGCAGACGAAUCCACGUAGACACCUCCGCUCCUCUCUCUCUCUCUCUGACCUCUGACCCUUCAGGAUUUGAUAACAAUUACCGAGUACUUAUCCUCGCUGAGUCACUAUCAUUUGAUUUAUCCUUUUUUUUUUUUUUUUUUUUUUUCUUUUUUUUUAAGAAUACCAUUGCAUGUCCAAGCUUCUAUUGUCAUGGUUGGACUACAUGUUUAUCUACAAUUUGUUUCCCGCCGAUACAAUCUGACAUUGAGGGUUGAUAUUUAUUUAUUCUUUUGACUCCAAAUAGCGUUUAAACAUAAAGCAAGGCCGAAUGCUAUGCAAAACGACACCCGUGGUGCCACCUAUUUCCACAUCCCCGCUUUGGAAACAAAGAAAGAGAGGUUAGAAUUGGCCCAUGAGCAGACCUUGCUUCCUUAUUAAAAGCAGAACCAAUAGCCAUGCUAGUUGCCUUCCAAGUGUAAAAACACACAGAAUGCACUGAAAUCCCGCCAUUUACUUUUUUUUUAAAAAAGGCAGACAUGACAGCCAUCAUCGAAUAUUGUUUUGCCUUAAUUUUAGCUUUUGAAAAUACAUUUUAUUUGAGGGCAGCUUCUGUUUUAGAGUUGCUGUGUUGAAAUCCAUUGUAUGUACAUACAUAUAUAUCCCCUGCCUAUAAAGAAUCCCUAUUAAUCUGGUUAAGUUUGAUUCUACGUUUUGCAGGUGAUGCAUCAUAAAGUUGCUCUUAGCUUAGCGCUUCAUUGAUUUGGUUUACUGAGUUGGCAUCGGAAUAGCGUGUGCUUUGGCGGUUUUGAGAACAUAUUUGAUGCUUUUUUCAAACUUGUGGCUUUUUCGAUAUUUUUGUUUGUCUCGUUUAUAUGCGCUUUGAUGAAACUUGUGAAUAUUCUUAACAUUUUGAUGCUUUUAAAGGGACAACUUUUUGUCCUGAUAGGUUAGUCGCUGUAGAUUGAGCUCGAGUAGCGCCUUAGCUAGCUAACAGAAUGAUUGGAUUGUUGCAUUUUGACACUUAGCAAUUUGAUCCUUCUUAAAUCAUAUUGCUUGUUAUUUUUUAAUGUUGACAUGAAAUUCCUAAAAGAUCAAACCAUUGUUUUAAGUUUUUCAAAUGCAAUAAUUAGCCAAGAACAAUUUUAAGGACAUUUUUCUUUUUUUUUUGCUAAUUGACCCUUGACCUCAGAAACCUAAGUGCAGCUUUUUACAUUGCGUUGGUUACAAAAUAUUUCUAACAAUGUACUGUAAUAUUGUUCACAGAACGGUAGUAUUAUACGAAAAGGGAAAGAGUUCUGGGUACUCUAUAGAUCACUAGGAGUGGCUCCAGGUCUCAUAUGAACGGCACGUCACUUUUUAAUUAGCUAAUACUGCUAAAGGUCAUUGGAAUACCCAAGUAAUAUUGGAUUAUUACAGUCAAACUUACUUUAUGUACAGCUGUUCUUUAAUGCAAAUGUCAGAAGCAAUAAAUACAUGCUCAUACAAAUUAGAA